AUGAGCAAUGAAGAGUUUGAUGAUUUGGUCCUUCUUGUCAAAAUAUUGAGAAGUCUUCGUAAUAAUCGAAGAUUCCAAAAGAAAGAAGAAAAUGGGGAAGCAAGGAGCAAAAAGAUCAUUUGUUAUGAUUGUGAUAAACCGGGUCACAAGAGAACUGAAUAUGAGGUACCAAAGAAAACAAAAAGCAAAUGGUUCUUGGAUAGUGGAUGUUUGAAGCAUAUGACCGGAGACCGAUCAUUGUUAUCAAACUUUCAAGAGAAGGAUGGAGGCCAUGUGACUUUUGGAGAUAAUGCCAAGGGUAAAAUAAUAGGUUUUGAAAACAUUGGUAACCACUCAUCCCCCUCUAUCGAAAAUGUUUUACUUGUUGAUAAUCUUAAACAUAAUUUACUAAACAUUAGUCAAUAA